AUGAAUUUUAAUUUAUGUUAUUAUAAAUAUUUUUGUCGAGUUAUUUGUUUAAGCAUACGUCAAUCAAUUAUCAAUAAUCGUUUCAUCUCAACGGCACUACCUGACAGUUGGUAUAAACGUUUACCAUCAGUAGACGAAAAAGAUAUUGAAGAAAAAGCUAUCAAAGGCUCAGGACCCGGUGGACAAGCAAUAAAUAAAACACAGAAUUGUUGUCAAAUAAAACAUAUUCCAACGGGUAUUGUUGUCACAUGUCAACAAACUCGUUUUAUGGAAAGAAAUCGUUUUCUCGCACUUCGUCAAUUACAAGAAAGACUUGACGUUUAUUACAACGGUGAUCAAAGUCUUGUUGCACAAUAUAAACGAGAAAAAAGUGAAAGAAAAGAAGCAAAACGUAUAGAAACAAAGAAAAUUUUAGAAAAAAAACGUGCAUUUAAAUCCGAACAAGAUAUUUAUUCAAAUAGUAAUACUAAUGAUAAAUUAUCAGACAAACCAAUUGAAUAA